AAAUUUUCAGCUCAUCUCAAAACCAUCAUCCUAAUCCAUUAGCAUCAAUAUCACACAGCCAAUAUGGGUAAAGCUAAGAAGACCAGAAAGUUCGCCUUGAUGAAAAGGACGUUGAGCCAGAAAGACGCUCGUUUGAAAGAUAAGUCGGGCCAACCCAAAAAGAAGGAAGAUGAUCCAGAACUCACCAAGAGUGUUCCCCAAGUGUCAUCGGCACUUUUCUUCAAGUUCAACCAAGCUAUCAAGCCUCCAUACCAAGUACUCAUAGAUACCAACUUCAUUAACUUCUCCAUCCAGAAGAAAAUCGACAUAGUGAGAGGAUUAAUGGACUGCUUGAUGGCAAAGUGUAUUCCGAUCAUAACUGACUGUGUGAUGGCCGAAUUGGAAAAGUUGGGUCCAAAGUACAGAAUUGCAUUGAAGUUGGCCAAAGAUCCCAGAAUCCAAAGACUCAGCUGUUCCCACGGUGGCACCUACGCCGAUGACUGUUUGGUGAACAGAGUCAUACAGCACAAGUGUUACAUUGUGGCUACCAAUGAUGCUGAUUUGAAGCGUAGAAUUAGAAAGGUUCCAGGUAUUCCGCUCUUGAGUGUGGGUGGCCACGCUUACGUAGUGGAAAGAUUGCCUGAUGUAUUUUAGGUGUAUAUUCCCUGGUUGGACAUAUAAUAUACGUGUGGAGGGCGCGAAGGUAAUCGCACAACCACAAACACACUCGAAU